AUAUAUAUAUAUAUAAAAUAAUUAUCUCUUUGAUGCAAUCACCUAAAAUGAUUGUAGAAAAUAUGCAAUUAUAAUCGAUGUGAUCUUCUAAAUAAAAUAAAUAAUCGUGUUUAAUAAAAAUUUGAAUUACCAAAAUUCCUCAUACAUAUUUUAUUUAUUUUUAACGCAAUUAAAUGUAUAGAUUAAUUCAUCUAUUUAUAUAUUCGUCUAUUGUAAAGCAAUUAGAUAAAAAUCACAUCAUAUAUAAAUAUAAUAAUCUAUUUUGUGUGUGUGCGCGCGUAUAUAUCUAUGUAUGUGUGCGUCUGUAUAAAAGCGCAGAUAUAAAGAGCAAUCGUUCAUUUGGUUUAAAUAUAUAAACAUGCAUCAUAUAUUUUAAAAUAAUAUUAGUUUAUAUAUAAGAGAAAUUAUUCCUCACAAUUUCUCUUACGCGCAUAUAAUAUAAAUUGACAUUUUGUUGCACUUGUUGGUAUAAUAAAAGUAAAUACAUGAAGUUGAAUAUUUAUAAAACAUUCUAAUGCACCCGCAAGAGUUAUUUAUUAAUCAUCGCACGUGCUGACGUCCAAUAAUUUGUCUUAUUAGCGACGUUAAAUAAUCCAUUAACGAUUACAAUCACAAUAAUAUAUAAUGUUCACGAUCUUAUUGGGUUUUAUUUCAUUUUUAAUCUCAUUACACUAUUUUAUAAAAUAUCGAAGAAUAGGAAGACUCCUUGAACUAAUUCCAGGACCAGAAUCAUUGCCGAUAAUAGGUAAUGUGCCAAGAUUUCGAUUAGAAAAUGAUGAUGCUUUUGAUAAACUUGUCGGAAAGGAUAAAACACAUUAUCCAAUCUAUAAAAUAUGGUCCUUUCUUUUUGCGUCAGUAGCUUUACUUCAUCCGAAUGAUGUUGAGAAACUAAUGAGGAGUACAAAACAUAUACAAAAAAGUAUAGCUUAUAAAUUUCUAAAACCUUGGCUGUCCGAAGGAUUGAUAACGAGCAGUGGUGACAAGUGGCAAAAACGGCGAAAAUUGUUGACGCCUGCAUUUCAUUUUAAUAUCCUUAAACAUUUUGUUAUAACCUUCAACGAGGAGGCAAAGUAUCUUAUAAGCAUACUCAAUAAGGAAUCUAAAGAUGGACCAAUAAUUAAAGAUAUCAUGUCAUUUAUUACCGAGCACUCUUUAAACGCUAUAUGCGAAACUGCCAUGGGUACAUCUUUAAAGGAUAAAAGUGAAUUACAGAGUAAAUAUCGCGAAGCUGUACACGCUUUUGGCAAAAUCGUACCGUACAGAUUGGGGAGACCCUGGUAUCAUUCAGAUUUUAUAUUUUCAUUUACAUCGCUUGGACGAAAGCAGAAUGAACUUUUAAAAACGUUGCACGAUUUUUCAUCAACCAUAAUUGCGGAAAGGAAACGUUUUCAUCAAGAAACCAAAGGGAAAUAUUUACAAAAUUUCGACGAAAUGAAUGAGGACGACGUAUUCACCAACGGAACCAGCGAUAUUAACAAAAAUACAUUGAUCAAGAAAAGACUUGCUAUGUUAGAUCUUCUGAUAGCCGCAUCGAUGAACGAUAAUCAAAUCGAUGAUAAAGGAAUUCAAGAAGAAGUCGACACUUUUAUGUUUGCCGGUCAUGACACUACAGCAACAUCAUUAUGUUUUGCUUUGCUCCAUAUUGCAAAAUACAAAUCAAUACAGGAACGUGUAAGAGAAGAAGUGAACGCCGUUAUGCAACAGAACAAUUGCAAUCUGACUAUGUCAAUGCUUAAUGAAUUUUCAUUCAUGGAAAGAUGCAUAAAAGAAUCACUACGUUUGUUUCCCACUACUCCUUUUGUAUUACGUUACUUGACAGAGGAUUUGCAGUUGGAUAAUUAUUUAAUCCCAGCCGGUGUUAAUUGCCGCGUAAGCAUCUACCAUUUACACAGAAAUCCAGAAUACUGGCCAAAUCCAAAUGUUUUCGAUCCCGAUAGAUUUUUACCAGAAAACAUGAAAGGACGUAAUCCAUAUUCGUACAUACCAUUUAGCGCAGGGUUACGCAAUUGUAUCGGUCAAAAAUUCGCUAUGCUCGAAAUGAAAUUAAUGAUAGCUUACAUAUUACACAAUUAUUAUUUGGAACCAGUCGACGAAUUAGAUGAUAUUAAAAUUACAGGAAAUAUUAUUUUACGUACUUCUAAACCUCUUCGAGUCAAAUUUAUACCAAUAAAAUAAUAACAAUUAAAUCUAUUGUUUCGCUUUAUAAUUUUUCAAUUUAAAUGAAAUAAAUUGCAAUUAUAAUGUGACUCAUAUUUU